AUGAAUAGCAAAUAUAAAAAAUAAAGAAUUAUAAAUCCAAGAGUUCUAAAGUAAAAAAUUAAAAAGAAAUCAUAAAAGCAUCAAAAAUUGUUUAGAUUUACUUUUUAGUUAGAUGAUUUGUCGUUUGAAUCAAAUCAAGAAGAAAUGGAAGAGCCUUGCUUUUAAUCAUCUGAAAAUAACACGAAAAUUCAAAAAGAAAGAGAAAAUUAUACUAUGAAGAAUAUAAAUGAUUUAACCAUAAAAAAGUCAGAUAAAAAUAAAGCACAUACUUUUAUUGAAAGCAAAGAAUUUGAAACUCUAAGCACUAAUUAUGAAAGCUAAUUAUAAUCUCUUGAAAAUUAAGAUUAAAAUAAGGAAGAAUAGAAAUAUUAAAUCAUAGAAGAUAAUCAGUGUAAUAAUCUUAAAUUUAAUGAAUAAUAAGAUGCUAAAAGUAAUUAAAUUACUUCAAAAAGUCAAGCAAGUGAUUAUUAAUUUGAAUAAUUUAAUCCGUAUGACUAUGAAAAUUAAGCUAAAAUUGUUGUAGGAGAACUAAAUGAAGAAAAUAUACCAAUUACAUCUAAGCCAAGAGAAUGGAGUAUAAAACUAUUUGAUGAAAAAAAUUCAAAUAAGACUUUAAGCUAAAAUUUUAAAGAGUAAAAAAAUAUUAUUUUAGAUGUUUUAGAGAAAUAGAAUUGCUAUUUGAUGGAAUUCUUAAAAUCACAAUAUAAACAAGAUUUAUUUUAGGGAUUUUACAAGAAUCAUUAGCCUGAAUACUUUAUUUUGAUUAAUUAUACUGAAAAUCAAUAAGAAAUUAAAAUAAUAAAAUAAUUAGAAUAAUUGAAAUUAACUAAAUUGAUUAAAGAAAUUAAGGUGACAGAAAAUAUUCAUACAUUAAUAUUGUAAAAAGAAAACUACAACAUAGUUGAGUAAUAAAUAAAAUAAUUGAUUCAAAAAGAAAUUAAGAUUUGGGACAAACAAUACUUUAUUUAAAUAAAUGAAGGGAAAGAUAUCAAUUUGAUAAGAUGUUACAAAUGUCAAAAUUGUUAAAAUUCUAUGGAGUGUUCGGAUUAUUAGCAUUUUAGGUAAUUCUAAUUAGUAUAGGAUGUCAUAUUUGAGGCUCUUUAAAGAAAGUAUUAUUAUUUAUGUUAAUAUUUGGCAAAAGGUGGAGAAGGAAUAAUUUUUGAGGGAUACAAAAUAAAACAAGUUGGUGUUUAUGAAGAUUUUAUAUUUAAGAUCAUCUUUGAUCUGAAUGAUUAAGAAAUUCAAAGUGAAAUAAGUAUUAUGAAACUUUUUGAAAAGAAUAUAAAUGUAAUUAAAUUCAUAGAAGUUAUUUAAGUUAGUAAAAAUAUCCACAUUUUUGUAUUAGAGAAGUGCAAAUAUAGUUUAAAAGAUGAGUUAUUUUUGAUAGAAUAACAAAAGGAGGAGUUUAAUUAAAUGAAGCUACUUCGCAUUAUAUUUGAUUUAUUAGAUGGAUUAAUUUAGUUUAGGAUUUAUAAUAUUUUGCAUCUUGAUAUAAAGCCAUAAAAUAUUCUAGUUUCAAAAUCAGAUAACUAUGUUUUUACAGAUUUUGGCAUUUCUUCUAUCAAAAAAGAUAAUUCAAAAAUUAAUAUCAAAGGUGGUACUUUUAGUUAUGCAUCACCUGAAUAGCUUAUAGAUGAUCCUAAUAUUGAUUUUAAGUCUGAUGUAUACUCGCUUGGAAAAACGUUUGAGGUUGCUUUGAAAUUAUAUAAAAAAUAGGAUGAUGAAUUUUUAGUACUAAAAUUUAAUCAAAUAGUACAACAAAAAAUGAUUUAAAACUAAAAAGACUAAAGAAAAAGCUGCUUGGAGUUGCAUGAAGAAUUUUUAAAAUUGCUAAUCGAGUGUAAUUGUUAGGAAUUUCUACAAGAAUAUUUAUAGAAAAUCAAAUACAUUUUGAAGUUAUUUCCUUACGAUGAUAAUAAAAACAUAACGUAUUUCUUAGACCUAAUGCUUUAUUAUAACUAGAAGACCUAUGAAAUAUAUUAUUAUUUCUUACAAAUAGAGGAAAAUGAAAUUGCUUUAAAAUAAAUUUUAAAAAAGAUGGUCAAAGCGCAAGAAGAUAUUAGUGAAUGCUUCUCCGAUUUAGGAGAUAGUAAAAAAGCUCUCAAAUGCUAACUUGAAUGUCUUUUAUUGAAAAAAACAUUUUUUAAGAAUGACUUAAGUUCAAUAGCAAAAUCUUUUAAUAAUUUAGGAUAGAGGUAUCUAAAAUUUAAACAAUUUUAAUAAGCAUUAAAGUACUAAUUAAAAUCACUUAAGCUUACAAAAUAGCUUUUUAAAGGUAAUCAUAUAAAUGUAGCUGUUUCUCAUAGUAAUGUUGGUGUGUGCUAUAGAGAAUUAAACGAUUAAUAAAAAGCUCUUUAAUAUUUCUUGUAGUCUUAUUAAAUGAGCAAGCAUGUUUAUAAAGGAAACAAUUCAAGUAUUGCUACAGUUUUAAAUAAUAUUGGAGCUUGCUAUUACAGUCUUUAUGAUUAUAGAAAUGCUUUAGAUUAUUAUGAAAAGUCUCUAUUUAUGAGAAGAUAAAUAUAUAAAGGAAGUCACCCAGAAAUAGCCUAGUCUCUGAACAAUAUUGGAAUGUACUAUAAGGAUAUAAGUUGUUUUGAAUUAGCGUUAUAAUAUUUGAAUGAAAGCCUUGAAAUGAUAAGGGUAAUUCAUAAAGAAGAUCAUCCAUUAGUUGCUUCUACUCUUAAUAACAUAGGUUUAUGCUAUUUAAAUAUUGCUGAUUAUGAUAUUGCUUUGAAUCAUCUUUUGAAAUCCUUAGAAAUAAAAAAAAGAAUUUAUUCAGAAAAUCAUCAAGAAAUAGCUUAAUCUUUACAUAAUAUUGCGUCUUGUUAUACAUAAAAUGGAUAAAAUGAUAAAGCUUUAGAGUAUUUCAAAGAGUCUCUAAAAAUAGAAAGAUUAAUUUACCCAGAAAAUCAUAUUUAGAUUGCAUUAUCUCUAGAUGGAAUAGCAUCAUAUUAUUCUGAUACAGAUGACAAUUAAUAAGCUCUUGGAUAUUAUUUAGAGUCACUUCAGAUUAGAAAAAGUAAUUUUGAAAAUGCAAAUCCUCAUGUAUCUGCCUCAUUAAAUAAUGUGGGAUUCUGUUAUUUGGGACUUAAAGAAUGUGAAAAAGCUUUAAAAUUUUUAGAAGAAUCACUAGAAAUGGACAAAAAAUUAUACUAAGGAGACAAUGAAAGCGUAGCUACGUCGUUAAACAAUAUUGGAAGUUGUUAUUUAAAGAUGGGAGAUAAAAACUAGGCAUUAAAAAACUUAAUGAGCUCUUUAUAAAUGAGAAAGAGAAUAUAUAAAAAAGACCAUCCUUCGAUUGCAACGUCAUUAGAUAGAGUAGGCGUAUGCUAUCAAGAUCUUUAGGAUUAAAAAAAUGCAGAAAAAUAUUUACUUGAGUCUCUCAAAAUGAGAGAAAAAAUAUUUAAAAAAAAUCAUCCUGACAUAGUAAUUUCACUAGACAAUCUAGGAGAGUUUUACAGAAGUAUCUAAAAUUAUAAAACUUCUUUGACCUUUUUCUUAAAAUCAUUAAAAAUAAAUUAAUCAAUUUAUGAAAAAGAUCACUUAGAGAUAGCUAAUUCAAUUAAAGAAGUCAUAUAAUGUUAUUCUGAUCUGCAAGACUAGGAAAAAGCAAAAGAAUAUUAACAAAAAUAUGAUCAAAUAAUCAAAUAAAUUGAUUUAAAAAAGCAAGAAAGCAAAAAUUGA